AUAAGUACAGACUCGACCGAUCAAGGAUGUUAGCUCCAUUGCAAUCCAACGCCUCCAGCCAGGCUUCCACCAUCCACCCAGAGACUUUUAAACUCUAAAAGUCAGCGCUCAGCCAUGAUUGCCAGCCGGGCCAUCCUGUCGAAACAGACCCUGAACGUGCUCGCACGUCAGCCUGCAUGCUUCGUGCACCAAGGAGACUACGGCAACUGGGGGAACACCAACAUCGCAGUGGUGUUCUCAGGAUGUGGCUGGUGGGACGGCACUGAUGUGCACGAGGCCGUAUACACAAUGUAUCACCUGAGCCGCAACGGGGCGCGCUUCCAGAUGUUCGCCCCCAACCAGCAGCAGAUGAAUGUGAUCGACCACAUGAAAAAGCAGCCUGCGUCUGGAGAGAACAGGAACAUGAUGGUGGAGGCUGCGCGUUUCAGCCAUGGCCAGGGACAGAUGCAGAUGCAGGAUCUGUCCAAGCUGGACGCCAGCUCCUUUGAUGCGAUCAUCUUCCCCGGUGGCCACGGCAUCACCAAAAACCUCUCUUCCUUUGUGAAGGAGGGGAAGGACUGCAAACUCCACAGCGAUGUGGACAGAGUGCUGAAGGAGUUCCACCGCAACCGCAAGCCCAUCGGCCUCUCCAGCAUGGCCCCCAUGCUAGCCUGCAAGGCGCUGCCCGGCAUCGAGGUGACCAUGGGCUACGAGAAGGACGAGAGCUCCCGCUGGGGCAACUGGCCCCACACCAGCAUGGUGCAGGCUGUGAAGGGCAUGGGGGCCCGACACACCGUCCGUGAGCCAUACGAGGCCUAUGUGGACGAGAAGAACAAGGUCAUCAGCACCCCUUCCUUCAUGUGGGAGACAGAGUACCACUACCAUUACAUCUUCGAUGGCAUCGGAAACAUGGUCAAGCACGUACUGCGCAUGUCCACCCAGUAAGCUCAGACGAGAAGAGGCCUGCAUUUAGGGAGAUAAGUCAAAUGCAGAUGGCAUCGAUGAGCCCUGGAUUUUCAACAAGCUACUCAAAUUGUUAUUGGCUAUUUGGAAUAUGAUUAAACUGGGUAGUGUGGAGAAUGAUUUUAGCGUCUUGAUGUUAGAGUUGAAAUAGUAUAUUCCUGUGAAUGUUCAUGAAAUGACUAUUGGUAUAAAGGCUUCCGUUGAAAAUCAA